AGAAGAGAACAGUGUCGUCUCCAUCAAAUCUCUGGUUCUUCGACUUUCAUCUCCGCCAAAGAACAGAUCGGAAUCGAAUCGGAACCACCAAUCACCGCCGCGUCUCGAUAUGCGUGAGAACAUGACUCCGGUUCCGAUUCGGUUUGCGUUGCUGUUUCUUUGGAGCUUCGGAGCCACUGUAUUCGCUUCCGCCGGUUCGCAUCGCGCCAUUCUUCGGGCGAUCAGCGAUGGCGCCGGCGGAGGGAAGCGAGACUACGCCGUGGAUUUGAACGCCACUAACUUCGAUUCAGUCCUCGGAGAGACUCCGGCCACUUACGCGAUUGUUGAGUUCUUUGCUCACUGGUGCCCUGCUUGCAGAAAUUAUAAGCCGCAUUAUGAGAAGGUUUCACGACUUUUUAAUGGAGCAGAUGCUAUUCAUCCAGGAAUCAUAUUGAUGACAAGGGUAGACUGUGCAGUGGGGAUAAAUUCUAAUCUUUGUGAUAAUUUCUCUGUGGGGCAUUACCCUAUGCUUUUAUGGGGGCCUCCAGCGAAGUUUGUUGGUGGGAGUUGGAAGCCAAAUCAGGAAAAAAGUGACAUCAUUCAUAUUGACGAUGGACGAACAUCAAAUCUCUUGUUAGAAUGGAUCAAUAAGAAACUGGGAAGUUCAUUUGGCUUGGAAGACGAGAAGUAUCAGAAUGAGCAGGUUUAUGCAAAUGUUUCUGAUCCUGGGCAGAUAGCCAGAGCUGUAUAUGACGUUGAGGAAGCAACGUCUACUGCGUUCGAUAUCAUCUUAAAGCACAAGAUGAUCAAAUCAGAUACAAGGGCAUCACUUAUAAAUUUCCUUCAACUUUUGGCGGCUCAUCACCCAUCUAGAAGAUGCCGGAGGGGGAGUGCAAAUAUACUAGUUAACUUUGAUGAUCUGUGUCCGUCUGAUGCUUUGUCAGCAAAUGAAGAAGUUGUUAGUUGUACUAAAAAGGGCAUUCUGGGAGAGUACCAAAUUUGUGGAAAAGAGGCUCCAGGCGGCUAUUGGAUGUUUUGUCGUGGAAGUACAAAUGAAACUCGAGGGUUCAGUUGUGGAUUGUGGGUCCUUUUACACUCCCUCUCUGUAAGAGUGGAAGAUGCAGAAAGCGAUAUGGCUUUUAAAACAACAUGCAAUUUCAUACACCACUUUUUCAUAUGUCAAGAGUGUAGGGAGCAUUUCUAUGAAAUGUGUUCAAGGGUUCCUACUCCGUUCAAGAAGGCGCGUGACUUUUCACUUUGGUUGUGGGAUGCACACAAUACCGUCAACGAGAGACUGAUGAAAGCUGAGUCUACGUUGAAAACGGGUGACCCCAAAUUCCCAAAAGGGAUUUGGCCACCCAUACAGCUUUGCCACUCGUGCUACCUUGACAAAGGCAUUACGAACGGCAAUGAAAGCAAUGUCAAGUGGGAUAAAGAUGAGGUCUUCAAGUUCUUGGUCAGUUACUACGGGAAGGCGCUAUCUAGUCUUUACAAGGACAAAGAAGAUAUGGGUGAUGAAAAAACCCCUCCUGAGGAACCUGUAGCUUCAACAGGUGCUAUUGUUGUUCCAGUGGGGGCCGCAUUUGCCGUUGCAGUUGCCAGCUGUGCGUUCGGAGCGCUUGCCUGGUUUUGGCGUUCACGACAAAAGAAUCGAAAGUAUAAAUACCUACACUCUUUAAAGAAUAUAUGAAUCACUCCCUCCGUCUCGAAAAAUAGAGUCCUGUUUGAGUAAGGCCUAAGAGAAGCUGGAACUGAUUGGCGGUCAACGGUGGAUGUAAAUUACGAUUGAGAAACACAAGUGAAGCAAAGAGUAGGGGGAACCAGAGUGCAGAGGACUGUAAGUUGUAACAAGAGCUUCGGUGUCACUUACUUACAUUCGUUCAAAUCCUUAUUUAUACGAGUGAUAUUUAAUCAAAAUGGUUAGUGUAUAGAUAUUAGAUCCACUUCAUAUACGUUAUUUGGAUGAAAACUAGAGAGGUGUGUUAUUUCACACCCCUCUCUCCACAUAUGUUGCAGUGCAGAACCCUAUUUUAGGCUUCUUAUUCUAUUCAAACCGCACCCUCAAUCGUGUUUUCUCAUGCAUAUAAAAUAUAAUUGUGAAGGAUAG